AUUAUAAAGGUGCUCGCGGGAGCUUGUCGCAUGUUGCAAAAUGCCAUACACAAUUCACCAUCAUGAUCGUUUGGCACUUGAUGUAGAGGUUCUUGAUGUCGAGGCUCACCUUUCCCCGCCCCAUGGAGUACAUUCGCGCGUGGUAACCUUGAACGUUUUUAUCAAUUUGCACACUAAAACAACACAAGGCUCCCCAUCCCUUUCCAAAAUUUGCCACCAUUCCCAAUCGGGAUCAAUGAUACGUGCAGCACUGUACGAUAAACUGGCGGUUGAAGGCCAAAAAUAAAUGCGCCAACCGCGCUGCAGAGAACGAAAGCGAGUGAUGCAUACAAUCCGGCCAAAUUCCAGCCCACUGGCCCAUUGACGAUUGUAAGCUCCCCGCCCCAUCACCUCCAACGGCGCCCGAUUUACGCAAAGCGCACAAAUUUGGCUUAUCGCGCACGCUAGACUGAUAGCAACAAACACAUCGUGAACGAAUAAUGGUCCGUUUUCCCAAAAACCCGCUUCCAAGAAUCGAUUGAGCAGGCUGAUAAGAUGGAUAAGGUGCAUGUACUGUUUGGGAAUUCUUUAUCGGGUUCGGUCAAUCCGCUAGACGCAGUGCGUGCUCUAUAUAUAAAGGCUGCCUGUGCGCUUAUCGCGACAUCUUAGUUUGUUGCUUUACACGAUGAGGAGCUUGAUUGUGCUACUGUUGGUGACCGUUUCGAUUGCGCAUGGUGCGGCGUACAGUGUGCCGUCAACCGUCGAUUCGAUCGAUUGGACACGUGUUAAACCGGUGGAAGAGCUUGAUCACUACUGGACCCGCUUACCCCCAGAGCUGCAGGUUUACAGGAAUGGCACUCAUGGAACUCAUCCGUCAGCUCGCAUCACCAACGGACUGGAGGCACGUGUAGGACAGUUCCCGUACCAGGCACUGCUGCUGACCGAGUUCGGCAUGUUCACCAUCAUGUGCGGUGGGACGGUGUUGACGCCUAACUUUAUCCUCACCGCGGCACACUGCGUAAUGCUCGAUCAAACGACCAAAGCGACUGGUGGUAUGGCCAUCCUCGGUGCCCACAACCGGAUGGUGGUGGAACCGACCCAGCAGCGGAUACGCUUCGCAACCAGUGGCAUCAUCGUGCACCCUUCGUACACCGCCACCAACUUUCGCUUCGAUGUGGCAAUGGUGCGGCUCAAUGCGCCGCUUCGCUUCAACAGUUACGUGCAGCCGGUACGACUUCCGGCCCGUACCGAUCAGCGGCUUUUCGAUGGCAUAAUCGGCACCGUCAGUGGCUUCGGACGGACGAAUGAUAAGGACGGGAUACUGCCGUCCAUUCUGCGCUACACAAUCAACACGAUCCUGAGCAACGGUGCGUGCGCGGCGCGGUGGGGCUCGUUGCUGGUGGAACCGCACAACAUUUGCCUCUCGGGGGACGGUGGUCGAUCGGCCUGUGUUGGUGAUUCCGGUGGUCCGCUGACGAUCGAAGAGUGGGGCGGCAUCACGUAUCAAGUGGGUGUAACAUCGUUCGGAUCGGGCAACGGGUGUACGGACGGGAUGCCGACGGUGUACGGGCGUGUUAGCUACUUCUUGGAUUGGAUCAGAGCCAACUCGGAUUGCCUCGCUUGCUGAGUGAGUGAGUGAGUGAGUGAUUGUUUGUGUGACUGAGCGACAGCGAGGGAUUAAAGGUGGAUUUUUGUGAUAAGGUUAUGAAAGGUGCUCGUGUUCCUUAGGUGUGCAGAUAGGAGGUAGAUAAUAGUUUAACCGCGCGGCUACAUGAGGUGAAAUAUACAGCGAAAUGAACUAUUUGACAGCUGAAAUAUCUGACAGGUCCAGCUAAAAGGGUUGGGGGAGACACAACAUCCGCUUUCGAAAUUCUAUUAAAAAUAAUAUCUUCUUAAGCAGAACAUUCCCUAAUUGGAAGAAAUUAUGAACUGUUGACUCAAAAUUGACGAAGUACUCGAUAUUGAAGUUAUUUAAUGGAUUUAAAUACGAUUUUGUGGACGUUAUUUGUUUACAUUGCACAUCAGUUGGUUGCUAUGAUGCUUUAUCCGUCAGAUAUUUCGCCUGUCAAAUAGUUCAUUUCGCUGUAUAUUUCACCUCAUGUGGCCUCGCGGUAACAUGCCAGACAGUAUGAUACAGUAGUUUGCAGAAGGUCAUAUUAGGAGUCUAUUUUAUAGUGAAAGAAUAGUUCUUAUUAGUAGCAUUUUGGAAUGUAAAUUGCAUAAAUGUAGGCGUUGUAUCUGAUCGUAUACUCAAUAAAAUAGCUAAAUUUUGUAAAAAAAAAUGCCUUUUUAUUGUUUAGAGCAAUACAGUAAUCUCUCAAAAUGCAACCGCCACCUCCCAAGCAGAAUAAACCAUUUAUUUUUAAUCAACACCUUUUCAUGGUAUCAAAUUGACCAUAAAACGAAACGCGUAAACUGUUCACACUGCCGUCAGAUCGCGGAGGAGGGGGUGGGGCGGGGUUUGCCGCUCUAUUUCAGGUGCAAGAACCGAUAGUAGCAAGAGCUCAGCAUGCUGAAAGCAGCAGCCGGGGCAACUGUUGGCAACGCGCAUUGCUCUCGAGAAGAACUCCCAUCCCCCCGCUGUCAACGUCAAUGCCAGAACGCGUCUUCAUAAAUCCGUACCAAGGGCACGGCACAAAUACAAAACCAACCUCUCCCCGCAAAGCCUAAAUUCGCCUAGGAGGUAGAGGGAGGGUUCUGUUACUAUUUUUACCUCUACGCCACUGCCUGCUCAAUCUUUCCAAAAAGGCAACAGCACGCGACGGACAUUGAUUGUGGUCGUCGUCGUCGUCGUCAGUCAUCCCGAACUGUCGGAAGUCAGUGCGAGCAGUAGGCGAAGAAGCGGUACUCAAACGGUGUUUUCUUUACUGUCUGAGAUAGGUUCAUCAUCCCUCUUCCAUCAUCAGCAGUAGCAGCAGCAGCAGCAGCAGGAUGUAAUAAUGGCCGCUUAGUCACACCGGUGGGAAUUUUCUCGCAGCAAUUAAUGCGCAACGUACACAAACAUGACGAGGACAGUUUAAUUGUGGCUCGUCAGCUGUGUGUUAUCUUUUGAUAGUCACAAAAGAAAGAAAAAAAACCACAGUACGAUUGAUGAAUAAGCUUGUUUUUAAUCUUACGCUCUCUCGCCUUUGAUUUCCAUCUUUAUCGCCAAACAAUCUCUCUCUCAGUGCGCUCGACCGGGAAGACACUCACCAGGUGCUCACACACGAAUUUCUCUCUCUCUUGCUCUCCGUCAAGACACGCACGCCACUGACAUUUCCACACAGACACUCAGCACACAUGGAUGCGUAUGCGCACUGGCACCACUGCUUUGGUUAGGCGGCUUGCGCAAGUGCACUCACCGCACCUUUAAGGGGGAGGAGGUCCAUUAAAACAGUCGCACCAAGAGCCGGGCGCCUUCAGUCGGAAGUCAGGACUUGAGCAGCAAUCGUGUGAUAGCUACAGG